UUCAGCUUGUCUGGGCAACCGAAUGAUGAAGACCACAGGAUGCUUCUACCUGCUUGCGCUUUCAUUUGUCUGUGGUGCGAUCACCUUCUCAGAAGGCAGAAAGCUGCAUUUUGGCAUUUGUGAACUGAGUGGUGCAUCUCUCCAGGAAAUCAAAGCCUACUUUGAUGCAAUUAGAGAAGCUGUUCAAGAUCAGGACCGCGUUACUGACACUGUAUUGCUGAAGAUGAUCCUUCUGCAUAACGUCCCGGUACUGGAGAGCUGCUGCUUACUCCGCCACCUGGUGAGGCUCUACGUUGAAAACGUUUUCAGACAUUACCCAGCCACAAACCCCCUGCUGCGGAGGAAAACCAGCAGCCUGUCGAACUCUUUCCUCAGCCUUAAGACCACCCUGAGACAGUGUCAUGAUCAAAAGAAGUGCACCUGUGGGGCGGAGGCAAACCGUCGACUUGAGCUCAUCAGAGAGGAAUACAAAAAGAUGGAUAGAGAAGCAGCAGCCAUCAAAGCUCUGGGUGAGAUGGACAUUCUCUUUAACUGGAUGGAAAAGGCUAAGAACUAA